AGUCUUUUUGAACACACAAUCACAUGUUUGUACACGCACGUUGGCACCCUUAAUAAAGACCACACAAAUGGGGAUAUGCGUUACGCAUCCGGCCUCCGUCGUCUCGGAGGAUGCUUCAACGCUGUCGCGAUCGCGACGUAGCACAGCGGUGCCACUGGCGUCUUUUGAACGAGCAUCCGCAGGUGCUCCGGCGUCCACACUCGCGCCCUCGGAUCCGGCCGCAGUAGUGAAUAAGUCCAUGAGUUCGGACAGGCCCUUUGCUGGUUACGAUUAUCACGUGUGGUCUGAUAUGCUGCAGAACACUGCCGAAUCCGCAGAAGCGGCGCUGGCCGCGGAAAAAGCGCAGCGGUCGUCAUCGAUCGCCGUGCUUCAACGAAUUAGCAUGCAGCGUGUCUCCGUAUCAGCGGAGAAGGUGUCUUUGUUAGAGGAUUUUAAAAUGGGCCGAAAUGGUGAGAGGGGAGCGUCAAAUCGCUGCAGUACCAGAGGACGAGUGAGGGGUUUGAGUAACUCCUUCAACGAGGUGUACUCCCAGCUGCAAAACAUUGCACCUCGGCAAGAGAGUGAGGAAAAAGUAGAUUAUUUAAAGCGCAUCUUUUCCUUGAUGGACACGCAAAAAAGAGGAAGCAUUUCCGGGUUGCAACUCGCAACAUGCUUGCUCAAUGACGCAAACCGCGCAUCCAUGGACAUCAUGAUGGCUGCCGCAGAUCGCGACAGAGACGGGUACCUGAACGAAAACGAGUUUGUGUCAUUUUUCGUCCACGUCGAGGACGGCGAUUCGUGCCUUCAAGCAGACAAAAACGAUGCGCUGCUAGCCUCCUCCCUGAGUCACUCCAGCUCCAGUGAGGAGGCGUCCUCGCAAAAUCUGACGGUGGAUUCGGUACGGCUGCUGGACGCAUCGCCGAAAGUCGCUGCAAAGAAGCGCUCGGUGCGCAUGCGGGGGGUGGAGGUAACGAAUUUGCCAAGCCAGUCGAGCAGAAUCAAAUGCAUAGCGCUCUCUCAAGAUGGGGAGCUGUACGCGGUAGCACAUCGACACGACAACAUCGCCCAUGUGUACUCCUUGGACGGGAAGGAAGUUCGACGCCUUGUCGGGCAUCAAGAGUCGCUGCUGGGGAUCGCCUUCUCGGCUGAUCGUAAACACGUCGUCACCGCCGCGCGGGAUAAUUUUUUAGUCUCCUGGGAUCGCACAGUCGGUCUGGAGUGCAGCUUCUUUGAGCACCCGGGCAUUGUGACAGCGGUGGCAAUCAGCUGGGACGGUAAAUUUCUUUACAGUGGGUGCCAAGACAACCUCCUGCGCAAAAUCACAGCCUCCAAGGCAAAGCUGCGCGCCGUGCUGCCCGAGAUCCCUUGCAACGCACCCGGCGUCAUUGUCGCCCUCGGAGCACAGCACACAAAGAACGAGGUGAUGGCGUUCUCUCGCAGCUGCGACCAGUGGGCAUACAUCUGCAGCGCACAGAGCUUGCAACUCAUUGCGCAGCUGAGCGGUCACGAAUCGUUAGUGUGGCAGACGUUUUUUAAUUACGACGACAGUCUUUUGCUGACAUGCUGCGAAUUGAAAAUAAUAUUAUGGGAGGGCUCCUCGUUUGCUUCUUUGCGUGUUUUCAGCAGUGCAGCCUUUGCCACUCCGUAUUCUUCAGAUUGUGAAGUAUUGUGGACAACUGCAAUCUUUGGCGGGAAGGACUACCACAAUGUUGUGUUUUGUUUUAAUUCUAACGGUCAGAUGCACAUGAUAAGCUGCGAUGAUGAAAGCGGCGAGAGUUUGUUUGACCUGCAGCUGCGCUCUAAUGUCUACACGGCGUCAAAUUUUGUGGGGGAUACCAUGGUGUGCGGUGACGACAAUGGCAAUGUCUACCGCGUUCGCAUUACAUGA